AUGGCCGCCUCAUUCAGGCCCUCCUUGCGGCUGCUGGCAGGGCGGCUGCUGCUGCUGCGAGCCCCGCCGCGCUGUGCUUGCUCCUGUCAUCCUGCCCGCUCCUUGGCCACGGAGCCCCCGGGCAGUAGGCCGCGGGAAGGCCCCAGCAAACCUGGGCCUGUGACUUGGAAAUCUCUGGCAAUUACUUGUGCUGUUGGUGGAGGAGUGUUUGCAGCAAUGAAAUAUUUCAAGAAAGAAAAAGAAGACAUGCUUGAGAAGGAGCGGAAACGAGCGCUGGGAAAGCCAUUGUUAGGUGGCCCUUUCUCACUUAUUGAUCAUGAGGGACAACCCAAGACAGAUCGUGACUAUCUGGACCAGUGGGUGUUAAUGUACUUCGGUUUUACACACUGCCCUGACAUCUGCCCUGAAGAGCUGGAAAAAAUGAUUCUAGCAGUGGACAUAGUUGAUCGCAUCCCAUCUCUGCCAAACGUCACCCCUCUCUUUAUCAGCAUUGAUCCGGAGAGAGACACCAAAGAAGCCAUUGCCAGAUAUGUUAAAGAGUUUUCACCGAAGUUGGUGGGAUUGACGGGUACCAAAGAGCAGAUUGAUCAGGUAGCUCGAACCUACCGUGUCUAUUACAGCCCUGGGCCAAAAGAUGAAGAUAACGAUUAUAUAGUGGAUCACACCAUCAUAAUGUAUCUCGUCGGGCCAGAUGGGGGCUUCGUCGAUUACUUCGGCCAAAACAAGAAGCAUUCUGAGAUUGCAGCUUCAAUCGCUGGGCACAUGAGACAGUAUAAGCCAAGCUAAGGGACAGGAAGUUUUUGGCUACAAGGCAAGCAAGUG